AGGAAAUAUACACUGUAAAUUGCUACCAUGUUAGCACUGAAUUUGAGUCGUGUUGACUAUUUGCAAGUUGGCGUGACAAACAACAAAUGCAUGCAAGUACUUCCAAAAUCAAGUAAAAGCGGAGCGCAAAAAGUUGUUGUGGCAGAUUAUAAUGGUGUACUUACCUGUUUUGAUGUUAAGAAACACGUUCCACAGAUACAAUUCAAGACACUACCAAGUACUAAAAUUUCUCGACUAUCUUUAGGUGGCACUGAAGGACCAUCCCGUGAAAAGAUUUUUGUGUCUGCAGGAGCGGAAAUCAAAGGGUACUCAAAAAAAGGCAAACAGUUUUUGAGUUUUGACACAAACCUCACUGAACCAAUUCAAAGUAUGUUUGUUGAAGGUUCUGAUUUGUUUUUGUGUGGAAAUUACAUUUACAAUCACUAUCAUGAUUGCAGAGAUCAGAACUACUAUCUGGCUCCAGACAAAAUAAACGAUGUUGUUAUCCUGCCCACUGAAGAAGAGAAACCAAUAUCACCGGUAUUGGCAUGUCAAGAUAGAGUGUUGCGGGUGUUAAAUGGUUCUGAGAUUCUCUAUGAAAUAGAGGUUCCAGGACCACCUGCUGUUUUAUCUGUGGGAAAAGAUGUUGGCAGUGAAGGAAAGGGUGUUAUUUAUGGAACAUCAGAUGGCAAAAUUGGUUUAGUUCAAAUAGGUUCUUCCGCACCAGAGCAUAUAUGGGAAAUUCCGAAUGACAAGCAAUACGGUGAUGUGUUGUCUCUGGAUACUCAUGAUAUUUCAAACAAUGGUACUUCUGAUUUACUUGUUGGAAGAGCAGAUGGUUUGGUGGAAGUUUACGCAUUUGAUGAAGGAAGUGAACCGUUUCAACAUUUCAAGUACAAUCUGUCUGAAAGCAUAACUUCUGUAUCUGGUGGUUGUGUAUGUGCAUCAAAUUAUCAGGAAGUUGUAGUUUCAACAUACACAGGUUGGGUACUGGGAAUGACAUCUGAGCCACAGCAACGUCAAUUGGGAAUGCCUGGAAGCAACAUGAAAGCACUCAUCAACGCUGAAAUGGAAGAAAAAAUAGCUGAGUUGAAUCUUGAAAUCGAGGAAUUGCAAGCAAGAGUAGCAGAAGAACGUGAAAGAUACCAGCAGACUGCUCACUCAGAAACUGCUGUAUCUGCGGUCCCGCCUUUCAAUAUAAAUGAUCGUUUUCUUCUAAGCCACGAUGAUGCCAGCUACACUCUCAGUAUAGAAGUUCAAAUGCCCAUUGACACAAUACUACUUCAGAGCAAUGUGCCAGUAGAUUUAUUAGAUGUGGAGAAGAAUUCAGCUGUUGUGAGUUACAGUGCAUGUGAUGCUGAGAGUGGAAAUUUUUUGCUUGCAACAUACAGAUGCCAGGCUAAUACUACUAGACUGGAACUCAAGAUCAGAACAAUUGAGGGACAGUAUGGAUAUUUGCAAGCCUAUGUCACACCUCGAAUGCAACCAAAAACAUGUCAGGUCCAGCAGUACCAAAUAAAGCCAUUAUCUCUCCAUCAGCGUUCCCAUGUGUUUGAUGAAGAACGACCAUUGAAUGUUUUAAAAUUGACUGGACAGUUUAGUCUGGCUGAAGUCCAUUCAUGGAUUUGUUAUUCACUGCCAGAAGUUCCUGAAAGGACACCUGCAGAGGAUGAGGUUAUAUUCUACUUCACAUCAACAUUUCUUGACACACAACUUGAAUGUAAAUACAGGAAAGGAGAAGCAACUUUUCGAUCAGAUAAUAUCUCCACCAUCUCAAUUUUGAAAGACGUUCUCUCAAAGGAAGCAACAAAACGUAAAAUGAAUUUAAACAUCACAUGCGAUUUAAAUGAAGAAUCAAUUCCCAACGUGCUAUAUCGUAUCCAUCCAAAGUUGGAAUAUCAAUUGCUUCUUGCGAAACGCGUUCAACUCAUCGACGGUUUGAAGGAGCUUGACAGCUAUGAGUCAGAUAAAGAUUUUCUUACUGAUGAAUACAAGGAAAUCUUGGAGAAUGCUGAUGUGUUGCAAGAGGAAUUCAAGAAACAGCCUUGCCAUCUUGAAAGAUUAUAUGGCAUGGUGACCGACCUCUUUAUUGAUCGACAUAAAUUUAAGGGACAGAAUGUUAAAAACAAAGUGGCACAGCUUAUUAACAUAUUGGAUAAUUAUGAUUUAAAUUCACUUAUUGAAUUCUUUCAAUCUAACUGAAAUGACUGUUUAUGUGUAAAUAAGCAAAGUUUAUGUGACCAUAUUAUAGAUCAUAGGUCACCAGAGCAUGUGUAUAUACUUUAGCAAUUUAUUUAUUACCAUUUUUUAUUCAACUAUGAGAUUUUUACUUUUAUGGAUAUGUAAAAACAGAAAACAGAAUGUAAAUAUAUGCAAAAAAAUGUUUUUAUUAUAAUUUAUGUUGCUGCAUUUGGUGGUGUAUGAUUUUUGAGGUUGUUGUAGAGAUAUACUUAAAAGACUCGGUCAAUUCAGGCUUUUAUUGCUUUCUUAAUAGUGUACUAAAUGAAUUA